AUGAAAGUUGUGAAAGAUGUAUUGGAAGUUACAAAAGUGGCAGUGACAACUCAAACUGUAGCAUCUCAAAUUCCAUCCAUCGGAUGUCUUCGAUCUCUAGCAUAUACGUGUCCGCGAGGGAAGAGUACUUCAAUUGGUUUUGAUAAUCUGCCAGGGAAGAAUACUUCAAUUGGUUUUGAUAAUUUUGUGAAAGUAAGAAUGACAAAGUUGGAAAUAGAGCUACAGCUGGAGAAAACAUUAUCCGGUUUCACACUCAUAGAUUUUUCAAACAACCGAUUUUCUGGACGAAUCCCUGAUGCACUUGGCGAACUUGAUGCUCUUCUAGUGCUCAAUCUCUCGCACAACAACCUAAAUGAUUCCAUCCCAUCGUCAUUUGGAAGUAUGGCAGCAAUUGAAUCAUUAGAUCUCCCGUGGAACAAACUUGGUGGCAGGAUUCCUUCCCAAUUGACGAAUCUGACAUUUCUGGAAGUGUUAAAUCUCUCACAAAAUAAUCUUAUCGGGCCCAUCCCGCAAGGGAAACAAUUUGAUACUUUCGACAAUGAUUCCUAUAGUGGCAACUUGGCAUUGUGUGGCCUCCCACUGUCAAAGAAAUGUGGCAACGGUGAGGGACCAAAACCGCCUACACCAGCGUUUGUGGAAGAUGAAGGUUCUGCAAUACCCUUUAUUUGGGAACUUGCAAUGAUGGGCUAUGGAUGUGGAUUGGUGUUGGGAUUGAGGGUGGGAUACAUUGUUUUCACAACUGGAAGACCAUGGUGGUUUGUUAGAACGAUUGAGAGAGAUUGGAGAAGUAUGUUACGAGGUGGAUUCACAGGAAUGGAGGAAGAAGAAACUAACACUACAUCUAAAAUACUCAAUGGCAAUCGAACUGAAUUCGAGGAAGAUAUGCACCCUGCUUCACUGGGACCUGGCUAG